AUGGCUGACUUUAUAGAAGCGUGGUACUCAGAUCUGAUGGCCACCGUCGCUGCGGGACUUGGUCAUGUCGCAGAAAGGGCCAGCGGGACUGAAAACAAACUGCAAGCGAAUCCAGUGCAAAAGCUUCUAGAGACAAUGCGGAGGGAUCUACAGUAUGGUCUGCGCUACCAGGAGCUAGUAGAUUACGUUUGUAACCUCACCGAAAACGAAGUGGAAACACUCAUGUCUCAGGUGAGGGAUUGGAAAGUUGGUGUUGACAGGAACAUAUCGUGUCAAAGCACCAAACGAUCACUUUCAGAUGUGCUCGCAAGGACUUGUCACUAUAGAGCCCCCCACAACAUCUUGGUGUUCGUACUUUCAAAUAUUCAGGUGCUCAUCAAAAGCAGUCUCGUGUUCGAAGACCCCCUCGAGGAGCUGCACACACUUUUGCGCUGCUUGAAAAGCAAGUUCGGUCGAGUGCCGCCUGCGCUUCAAACUCAACUUGUGCGGGCGCUGUUGGUUCGUCCCGAGAAAGGACGUGAACUGUCAGCCCCUUAUAAGCAAAGUUAG